AUGGCGAUCAGCCACGUCAGAGCUCAGAGACUUGCCUUUGGUAUAGUCUUCACUGUGGGACUUUUGUCUUCGCGGACUCUAAAUGCGAGGACCGCUGAAGAGUCCCCUCCGUCCACGCCGCAAGAGUGCCAGGCAAGCGGCGGUGGGAUAACGGUGACGGUGGAUGCCAACACAAGGGAAGCUUCGUUUGCCUGCGGACAGGAUUUGAUUAACUUGUGGCCCAAUAACGAUAAAAAUCUCAUCAGUUUCUGCAAGGACAGAUCCUGCACAGGCGCAGAAGAUCUCGUCAACACAUUUGGUUCCAAAACGACUCUGAAAGUCAUCAGCAGUUACGAGGCGACCUACGAGGUGACCAAAGGGGAAAGCGCUGCCACGAUCUACACCUUGAACGUGGGCGGCCUCUUGAAGGAACCUAAGGAAAUCUAUUUCAUUUGCGCGAACAAGGAUUACUCCAAUACACAGGAGAGGCAGCCGCAGCCGGCAGGCCAGUGUUUAGUCACGGUGCUUGUGCCGCAGCAGCUCGAUCCCGGUAGGCUGAAUCAAAGAAUCUAA